ACGUGGUCGCGGGGGCCGGGGGUCGGCUCGGAAUUGAGAUGUGGCUACGCGGGGCCGGGCUCUGAUCGCUGCCGCCAGCUCCGCGCACUGGAGCCUGAGCCCCGCCCAGAGCCCCAGGAGCCACCGUGUGCCUGCUGCUUCCCGGGAUCCGGAACGCCGCCCCGAGUUCCUGCAAACCAGAUAUAUUUUUGCCAUCAUGGAUCGAUUUGGAGAUAUAUCAGAAGGUGAAGUGGACCAUUCUUUCUUUGAUAGUGACUUCGAAGAAGCAAAGAAAUGUGAAAGUAACUCAGCUUUUGACAAGCAAAAUGAUGACCCCAAAGAGACAAUAGACAAAGAUACAGAAAAUGUAAAUUUGAAACUUAAAUCCCCAACAAAGGAAAAUUAUCUUACCGAGGAGGGAAAUGAAAGAAAAACAAAAAUCCCUCCGGAAGACCUCCCUGUAGAGAAUGAUGCUAUUCAAACCAAAAGUUCUUUAUCGGUGACCACCACUUCAAGAUCCAAAAAAUUGCAUGAUGGUACAACAGCACAUAAAAUACACUUGCCCAUUCCAAGUAGAAGUCCUAGAAGUGUUAAAGGUGGGGACGAUUACUCUACAGAUGGAGAAGAAAGCAGUGAUGAUGAGAAAAGGCAUCAUGUGAGGCCCAAGUCAGCUAAACCAUCCAAUAACUUUAAAAAAAGCCUAAGUAAAAAGUAUUCUAAAAUUAGUUCCUCUUCCUCCUCCUCUUUGUCUUCUUCAUCUUCAAGUUCAGGUACUGAUUGUUCAGAUGCAGGAUCUGAUAGCUGUAUAUCUGAUUCGUCUCCAUCAUCAGAGAAGCAUGUAUCUGAUACAACCCUCUUAUCACCAAAACCAAAAUAUAAAUCAGGAAUAAAACUGACAGGAACACAACUGUCAAAUACUAAACCAAAAACGAGUGACUACACUGAGGAAUCUGAAGACACUGUGACAGAUGUAACUCCUUUAUCGACUCCAGACAUCAGUCCUGUUCAGUCCUUUGAACUGGGCAUAUCAGAUGACCAAAAAGUAAAAGUUAAAAAGCAAGAGAACGUGAGUCAAGAAGUAUAUGAAGAUGUCGAGGAUUUAAAAGAUAAUUCAAAACAUUUGAAAUCAGCCAAAAAAGGGAAAGAUAAAAAUGGGCCACAUCUCGCCUCAAAGUCUUCAGUGUUAGAUUCUAGUUUAGACCACAGAUAUAAACAGAAAGUCUUACAUGACACAAUGGACCUGAAUCAUCUUUUGAAAGCUUUUCUGCAAUUAGAUAAAAAAGGACCACAAAAACAACACUUUGAUCAGCCGUCCGUAGUACCUAGGAAGAACUACUCUUUCACAAGAGAAGAGGUGAGGCUGAUUGAUCGGGAAAAUCAGAGGCUUUUGAAAGAACUGUCAAGACAGGCUGAAAAACCAGGAAACAAAAGUGUAAUUCCUAGAAGAUCCGUUGGGCAGCCUCCUAAGUUGUAUCAUAGCGCUCUUAACAGACAGAGAGAACAGCAAAGGAUUGAAAGAGAAAAUUUGGCAUUAUUGAAAAGGCUCGAAGCGGUUAAGCCAACAGUUGGUAUGAAACGCUCAGAACAACUGAUGGACUAUCAUCGCAACAUGGGUUACCUCAAUCCCUUACCGACCAGACGAGUGAGGUCUACGCUUGGCCAGUACAGCCCAUUACGAGGAGCUUCCAGGACAUCCAGUGCUACCAGUGGUCUCAGUUGUAAGAGUGAGCGGCCAGUGUUUGACACACCCAGCGGCCUGCUGCUGAAACCUAAACCUCCUAAUGUCCGUACAGCUUGGUUAUAAAACCUUGUUUUAAGCAUUAUUUAUACCAUUUUUAUUGAAACGCUCUUGCAUGUUACUACAAGUCUCUGGGAGACAUCUAAUACUGUUUUAAGCAAUUUAAGAUAUACAACUGAGUUGUAAUUGUUAUUCAGUGCAAAAUCGUCAAAAGACAGUUUAAUGUAAAAAUCAGUAUUUCCUAUGAGGAUGUAUUUGUAUGAAAUGUAUACGUAUUUAAUAGAGCAAUAGUAUGCAUGUAUAUUUGCAAUUGCAUUACAUGCAGUGUACAAAUGGAUUCAGUUGUCGUACCAACAGAACGGUGAUUAUUGAGUACCGUUUGCAUGUUUGGCCCCCAGAUGUUGACCAUAUAGUUUGAUUUUAUGUUAUGUAUGUUUUAUGUAAGCUUUAAGCCAUGCGCUUAGCUCCUAAAUUUUUAAGUUUAGUUUUUUUGAUGUAGAACUUAAGUGGUAUAACUUACAACUUAAUUGUAUGAGAGUUAACUUUGUUAUUAUGAAACAAAUCUUAACAUUUGUUUUCAUUGGUAGAGCUGAUUUAGAUCUGUUUAGAUAACUGAGAGAAGAUUAUUCUGCGGCAACAUUUGGGAUUGACCGGAGGCAGAAUUUCUGUUUAAGUGCAAUGAGUCAGAUCUUUAAAUUUGAUCAGCCAUUCCAGACCAUUUUAAACUGUGAAUAUUAGAAAGUAUAACUUGGAAGCUCUACUUUUGUGUUUUUGUAAAUUCAGGUAAAGUACUGUUAGGAUUCUGAUUAAUAAGGUAGGCUUUAGAGCUGCAGUCUAGUGACUUGUGCAUCUUUUGUCCAAAGAGCAGAUCAUUUGGAUCAUAAGCAAAAACAAGUAUCUGUUCAAUCAGUAGAAUAGCACCACCAGCUUGGAGAGCCAGGAAGCAGAGCCUGAGAUUUAGCAAACGGUGGUUUAAGUAAUACUGUUAGCAUGUUGUAAUUUAGUACUGAUUGUAUUAACAGCAAAUAUUUAGAAUUAGAGCGAAAUGCUUCAGAAAUUCUGGCUAGUAUUUAGAAGGGCUGAAAAAGAAAACUAGAAUAUAAACUGUAAGGUCAAGGAAAUAAAUCACACAUUUGUUGUAGCUAUUGGUUUAAAUAUUAGUAUUGUUUUGUUUUUAUCUGUUUGUUUGAUCCUGUUUGGAUCAUUUUACUAGUUAUGCAUUUAUAGGCCUGGUAAUCCUGAUGGAAUUGGUUAUGGCAGAUUGGGCAUAAUAGAAUCGAAUUUUGAAAUUAGAAUUUUUUUUCUGUCAAUCUAUUGGGUCUUAACUACAAAAUAUCAUAUGUCAUACUUAUCACUGGUUUUCAUGACUGAUCUUUUCAGGAUACGUUUAGAAUUUAUUGGAAAGUUUUUCAUACUAAAUAACUCUUUUUAUAUGAAUUUUGGAACUAGUGCCACAAUUGGAUUUUUUAUUUUUCAAUGCUCAAGCUCUGUAGUAUAUAUGCUUCGCUUACUUUUCUUAACCCCUUUAAUAGUAAGCCAAACUGCAUUGUACUGAACAUCAAGUCAAAAAAAAUGUUUUUUGAUCUUUAUUUGUGUUAAUAGAUUUAGGAUAGAGCAUGUAAAUUAUGGGAACAAUGGGGUUAAAGACAUUUAUGUGAACACAGCCCGACUCUGAGGAUUUUCGGGCUCUAACGUUCAUUCGCUGUUACUCGGUGCUCUGUUCUGGUGGAUGUGGUUUUAGACCUGUCUUAGCUAUACUAAGCCAAGGUUAUAUUUCGUUUUGUUUCUUAAUGUACUGAACCUUUUAAGAUUGUAUAACAAGUUAUCUUUAAGGAGAGAUAAAAUAAUGCUGAAUUUAAAACUCAACAUUUGGACAUCUGUCCAAUAGUGAGUCAGUUUUUUCACAUUGGUUUUAAAGUUCUUUGGGAAAAAAAAUACAUAAAAUCUUUUAUGUUUAUAAUAGUAAUAGUUAAUGAGUACAUUUUCUAUAUGUCAUGUGUUAGUAUACAACACAUAGUUUCAUAGAUAAAGGUAUAGUUUGAAUUUAGAUAUUAGUUUAAUGCCUUUAGUUUUUGCUACUUUGAAAUUCACAGAAGUAUUACUGAUUACUGGAAUUUAACUUGAAGCAAAAGUAAGAGCUGCAAUCUUUUUUAAACAGUUUGCAAUUCUGUCAUCAAGAUUACUUAUUCAUGGUGUGUAUAAAUAGGAGAUUAAUAUAUGUCAAGGUACUUUGAAGUUGUUACAGUUUAAGGGGCAUUUUUACGAAGGAAUCGUAUUUAUCUCUUCAUUUUCAUGAACAUAACAAGUGAAGGAUGACCUAACAUUUUAUAUUUGGUUGACUUCUACUCACUAUAUGUACUUAGAAGAUUUGCAUUGUCACUAGAAUGUACACCCUAAUCCAAGGUCUAGUAUUAGGCCAGAUUGUUAUUUUCAUCUGUGGUAAAUGUUAUAUUGACGUCUCCUUUUUGAUAAGACUCUCUGGAAAAUUUUAAACUAUGAAAAUUGUUUCAUAAUGGGUAGCUAUUACUUCAUGUUUCCUUUACUUACUUUUUCAAUCUUUAUAAAAGCUUUGUGAAAGCUUUCUAAGCUACUAUUCCAAAUAAAGUCGCUGGCAUGUUUGUAAA